CAGCCCGACAGCGUUGCAAAGACGUUACUCAUCUCGUUGCCAACAACGAAGAUGCUGUGAAUUUGCCCUAUCAGACAAUCACUGCCUCAUCUCGGUUUCCGGAGAGUACAGGCGCAUGUGUUAUGCGCAUGUCCACUCCACAUGUCGCCAUUGCAAGAGUGUCAAUCAGCUCAACCAUCUCGUGGAUGUCAUGAUCGUUGUCCAGAUCAACACCCCGCCAAAGUCCCCGAAGCCUCGGCAAAGUUGACUGGCUUCAGCUAAGAUAUCAGAACAAAUAAUCUCGCGCCAUGCCAGCUGUAUCUAUAAACGCACCGGAACAUGCCAAACCACAAGAUGGUUACUUCAACCUUGGAACCUAUAGCCGCAAGAUCAGCACCAAGAGCCCGGAGGCUCAGCUCUGGUUCGACCGUGGCUUGAUAUGGGCGUAUGGAUUUAAUAUCAAGGAAGCAUCGAUCUGCUUCGAGAAGGUCACAAAGCUGGAUCCUGGUUGCGCUAUGGGGUAUUGGGGCAUUGCCUACACGAAAGGCCCGUAUUAUAACAAAGCGUGGCGACUCUUCGAUCCGAAAGAACUCCAAGAGGCACUUGUGAUUACCUACGAGACUUCACGUAAAGCACUUGAGCUGUCAGACAACGCGACACCUGUCGAAAAAGCUCUCAUCAAGGCUAUCGUCGCUCGCUAUCCCCAAAAGACGAAGACCGACGACUAUCAGCCAUGGAACGUGGCGUAUGUCGAUGCCAUGAAGGAAGUCUAUGAGAUCUAUAAAGAUGAUCUCGACGUGGCCUGCCUGUAUGCCGAAGCACUCAUGGUUUUGACGCCUUGGGCUUUGUGGAACAUCCAUACAGGAGAACCCGGUCACGGCGCUCGACCUUACGAAGCAAAAGAGGCUUUGGACCACGCUUUCACUCUUCCUGGAGCCUGGGAGCAUCCGGCUCUGCUACACUUCUACAUUCAUCUGAUGGAGAUGUCCAAGACACCAGAGGUUGCUGUGCAAGCAGCAGAUAGUCUGCGUGGCCUUGUACCUGACAGUGGUCACCUCGAACACAUGCCAUCUCACCUUUACGUCCUUAUCGGAGACUACAGGGCUGGUAUUGCAGCCAACGCGUCUGCAGUUCGUGCUGACGACGCGUAUGUGGCCAAAAUGCAAGGCAACGAGAUGUACACCUUCUAUCGCGCUCACAACUCUCACUCUCUGAUCUAUGCCGCCUUGCUUUCCGGUAAAUCAGAGGUUGCCUUCCAAAACUGUACGUUGAUGGAAAACUACCUACCCGAAGAGCUUCUCGCAAUCGAAUCUCCCAAUAUGGCGGAUUGGCUGGAAUCUUUCUUGGGCGUUCGUGCACACUUGCUCGUCAGGUUCGGCCGCUGGGAGGAGAUCAUCUCGUUGGAGAUGCCCAAGAACAAGAAGCUGUACUGUGUGACCACCGCCACCCUCCAUUAUGCCAAGGGAGUGGCUCACUCUGCACUCGGAAACAUUGCUGAAGCUGAGAAGGAGCAGGAGCUCUUCCUAGCUGCUCAGAAACUCGUGCCUGAGAGUAGGUUCGACUUCCCCAACAAGUGCACUGAUAUUCUCAGAGUGGGCGAGGCCAUGUUGGCUGGCGAAAUCGAAUACCGCAAGGGCAACAUCGAUCUUGCUUUUGAGCACUUACGAGAGUCGAUCAAGCGUGACGACAAUCUCGUUUACAGCGAACCUUGGGGAUGGAUGCAACCCACACGCCAUGCAUAUGCCGCUCUAUCACUUGAGCAAGGCCGUGUUGAGCAGGCAGCACAAGCAUACGCAGAAGAUCUUGGCUUUGUUGCUGACAUUCCUCGCGGUCAUCAACAUCCCAACAACGUUUGGGCAUUGGUCGGAUACAGAGAGUGCUUGAAGCUGUUGGGACGCGAGGCCGAAUACAAUCAGCUUGAGCAACCAUACCAACUGGCGAUCCAGAUGGCGGACAUACCUGUGACUUCAUCCUGCUACUGCAGGGGAAUGAAGCCGAGAGGUCGUGGAUGCGAAAGAAGGCAAUCUAGAAUAUAGCUGAAAUGAAAGCUCUCACCACGAAGCACACUUGAAGACGUGACCACCGAUCAAUAUAUCUCUCG